CACGGAGGAAUAAUUCCUGAGAUGAGUGAGGGAGGCGAGCAUCAGGAGGUCCAACAUGGCGGCCACGGUCCUGCGACGGCUACUGCGCUCACCUCAUAAUAACCUGCUUAAUAUCACCAGGGCUUGCCAGCUCAACCAGGGAGGUGUUUAUUUCCUGUCAACGUCCGUCAAUCUAAAGGCGCAGUUUUGUGAAUCGUCUCUUGAAGCCGUUAAGGAUAUUCCUGCAGGCUCCAAGCUGCUUGUUGGAGGAUUUGGUCUCUGCGGCAUCCCGGAGAACCUCAUUGGAGCUUUGCUUGAGACGAAGGUGAAUGAUCUGACCAUAGUGAGCAACAAUGCAGGUGUUGACAACUUUGGGCUUGGUUUGUUGCUCAACCAGAAACAGGUCAAGCGCAUGAUAUCUUCAUAUGUUGGAGAGAAUGCUGAGUUCGAGAGACAGUACCUGAAUGGGGAAUUGGAAGUGGAAUUGACACCACAGGGUACAUUGGCCGAGCGAUGUCGAGCUGGAGGGGCUGGCAUACCUGCAUUCUUCACCCCCACGGGUUAUGGUACGCUUGUUCAUGAAGGAGGAGCACCAAUCAAAUACGGCAAGGAUGGCAUCAUCGACAUACAGAGUGCCCCCCGGGAAACCCGUAUGUUCAAUGGUCGUAACUACAUCAUGGAGGAGGCUAUUACUGGGGACUUUGCUCUUAUCAAGGCCUGGAAAGCUGACAAAGCUGGCAAUCUCAUCUUCAGAAAGACGGCUCGCAACUUCAAUCUGCCAAUGUGCAAGGCAGCUCAAACGACAAUAGUGGAAGUAGAGGAAAUAGUGGAAGUUGGAGAGAUCCCAGAAGAUUUGGUCCACAUCCCUGCCAUUUAUGUAGAUCGCAUUGUCCUGGGAGAGAAGUAUGAGAAGAGAAUUGAGCGCUUGACCCUGAGCAAGGAGAAGAAGAAGAGUGCAGCAGCGUCUAACCCCGCAGUGGCAAUGAGGGAGCGUAUUGUGAGGAGAGCUGCCUUGGAGUUCAAGGAUGGCAUGUAUGCCAACCUUGGUAUUGGAAUGCCCAUGCUUGCUAGCAACUACAUACCCGAUGGUAUGAAUGUGAAGCUUCAGAGCGAGAAUGGUGUGUUGGGUCUUGGGCCAUCCCCAGUUCCUGGAAGCCAGGACCCUGACCUCAUCAAUGCUGGCAAGGAGACAGUCACUGUCAUUCCGGGAGCAUCUUACUUCAGUUCAGAUGAGAGCUUUGCCAUGAUUAGGGGUGGACACGUAGACCUGACUAUCUUGGGAGCGAUGGAGGUGUCUCAGUACGGUGACCUUGCUAACUGGAUGAUUCCGGGCAAGAUGGUGAAGGGCAUGGGAGGAGCCAUGGACUUGGUGUCAUCUCCUGGCACCAAGGUGGUCGUCACAAUGGAACACGCUUCCAAGAAAGGGGACCACAAAAUUGUCGAAGCCUGCUCCCUUCCUCUCACCGGCAUAAACUGUGUUGACAUGAUCAUUACUGAAAAGUGCGUAUUCAGUGUUGACAAAGAAGAAGGGUUGACAUUGGAGGAGAUUGCUGAAGGUGUGAGCAUAGAGGACAUUGUGUCAAGCACUGGAUGCUUAUUCAAAAUGAAAGAUGAUGUGAAACCCAUGGGACAGAUAGAGGUUCCAGAAGACUGAGGAGUAGCCUGCUCACGCUCCCUUGCUGCUUCUAACUAACCUCACUUACUUGCCACACUUUGCAAUCGUGCAUCCAAUUGUAUAGUUUUCUUUUGAUAUCGCCAUAUGUUAAAAAUGCACUUUUCACGUCGGUAAUUCUAAUAUUGACAGCUAAGUGUUUUCUGGUAAGAGAAAGUUGUACAGUAGUAUAUACUUAUACAGUGGCUAGUCUAGCUUUGUGAAAUUUUUGUAUAUUUUUGUUAAUGUUUGAUUCUGUUGAUUUCCUGUAGAAGAUAUUUUCAAUACAGUGUGAGCUCAAUGAUCUGGACCAAUUGGUACUUGUACAGUAUAUCCAAAUCCCUGAAAUCCAGACAAUAGAGUUAAUACCCUAAUUUUCCCCAUGCUCUAUGGGUGAAUGUCACCUAGCUAAAUAUUAAUUCCAACUUAUGAUGGGCCUCUGUCACAACCUAUUUGUAAAGAAAAUUUCACCUCAUCUGGCUUAUUUUUUCAUGCCUUGCUCUCAAAACCUUAUUAUCAAUAUUAUGGGGACUCCCGGUUUGCCGCCGCCUCAUUCGGGGGGCAGUGGCGGGCGUCGUUCCCCGUCGUUCCUUAUUAUCAAUGGCAGCCAUUUGGGAAUGGAAAACUGUGCUAACUGCUAAUGAAAACGAACCAUAGAAUACUUUUCAUGUGUUGAGUGGCUGUCGCAGUGCGCUAACUAUUUCUCAUGGUAUCGUGCAUGCCUACCAAAACAGUCAUGAAUGCAGUGGAGCAAUAUUAAAUGAGUUGUUAUUCCUACUGUAAUUUUUCAUACUCAUUGGCAAAUUUCACUUAGCAAAAUUUAAAUUUCAAUGAUUAUGAUGGUCACAUUCCAGGAGAAUCUUAUUGUAUUGCCCAGUAUUUUCUCUUAGCCUAAAAUAAAAAUAUUCUAUUAGAAUUUCUAUUACUAAAAUUUCCCUGCCUUGACCCCCUCUGGGGUAAAGGCAGAGUUAUGACCCCCUAAUAUUUUAAAUGAACCAUUCCUAUUGACUUAUCACACCUAAAAAACCUUCUUUUGCUCUGGAAUUUCUAUAAAAUAUCUUUGGAGUAAGUAAUUAUGGAGAUACGGUCUAACAACUAAGUUCAGAAUUAUAUUUUUAGAAUCAAGUCAAAUUCAAACCUUCACUGAACAUAAUUUGCCACUUAUAAAAUGAAACCCCUUUGCUAUAUGAUAUCUUCUGAAAUGGGCCCAUUGAAUUUCCACAUUUUCUAACUUUUUGGUUACAAUUUUCUAGGAUAUUUUUUUUGUUACUUUUACAAAAUCAGUAUUUGGGAAUUGUAGGUUCAGAAGUUGUUUUUAUACAUAUUAAUUCAUUGAUAUACGAAAGUAUUGUAUUCAAGAAAGGUCUUGCCAGUUUUGUCUUCAAUGUUGACAUAUUUUGUUAACAAACAAAAGCUGUUUAUUCAAAAUGCUUCCACUGUUGAACCAGUCUUAGUGUCAUCUAUUGGUGUGUGAAAUUAACAUUGUUCUGGUACUUGCUUGCUAUUUAUGAUUAAUGAAUCAUACUUGAAUAUUUCAAAAGUUAGAUAUUCAUUAUAUUAUAAUGUUUUUUAUAUCCGCUGUUCCUAAGCUUUCUUGUCUCUCAAUGCAUGACUUUUCUUAAUUUUGUAUCUAAAUAUUUAUGCCAUUCUUGCCAGUGGCGGAGCAUUGAUGGAUCCUAGAAUGCAUUGAGCGGGUAAACGGCAGGAGUAAGUAUAUCCACUUGGUUAGCCAGAUGGGGAGACUCAUCGUUUGCUGCCCUUUCAUAAAUCUCUCGGUUAUAUACAACUUUUUAUACAGAUAACAAAAUGAACUUGUUAGGAGUCAUUUUCCAGGGCACCUCAUGCCUAUGAUUUAAAAAGCAACACUACCUGGAAUAUUUACAAACUUUCACAUUCUCUUGCUAUUUUCACUGAUGGUUCUAAAUCCCCAUCUGGUUUAGGGGUUUCAUUGUCAUUCCUGAUACAAUGCAUAAAUCCUCUUUUUGUCAAAGUUUUAUUUGAUUUGUUCUUAAUAAGUUGGCUUUCGUAACCCACUUCUCUAUUGUAGCUUGUAUGCGUGCCUUACCGGCUAUUGAAUCUUUAAACCCCACUCAAUUAUUUGGUAACAGAAAUCCAAAAUUAGCCAUUUUCCAUUUUAGUAAAUACAAUCAAGUGUAGUCGAACUGAGUAUAGACUCCAAAGAAUUGGCCAGUGAAACAGCAAGAUCUUCCAUUCAGCUCUUGAAGACUCUUUCUUUCACAGAUUACUGCCCAAUAAUUUAUUGAAUCUCUUUAAUGGAUCAAAAGUUUGUCUUUCUGAUCUUAUAUUGACAUCUUAAAUACUGUAUAAAUAAUACUUUUAUUUGUGACUGGGAUGGUGCUAUGUAGACCCCGACUCUGUGCCUCCUGUUGAUAAUUACUCGCUGGUGACUGGGAUGGUGAAUAACCAUACUGGCUUAGCACCAUCAUCUGAUUAUUACUUGCCAAGUUUUAUUCCUUACCUAAUAAUUAUUAUAUUUUUAAUACUCUUCAAAGUCUAUUUAAAAUUUGUGUAGUUAGGGAGAAAUAUAUUUUUCAUUUAUUCCUCAGUAUGCACACGCUCUUGAUCCCAGUGCUACAGCCACUGUUGUCAAUCUCGUGUUUUCUGCAUUGGGAACUGAUGGUCGUAUGUGACUUUUCUUUUGGUCGUAAUUAUAGUCUUUAUUCUCUAUAUUUUAAAGGUUGGUAAAAAUAAUUUUGUUGAUCUCUUUCAGUGGAUGCGUUCAUGAUAAGGCUAACUUUGAUCCGCAUGAGGUUUAAUGCCUCACUGUUCCCCAUAAAGUGUGACUUAACCUCUGCACUGCGCACCUGUUUUUGGCAAAAACUUCGUAGUGCUAUUGUUUAGGACAUAUUUUUGUUAGUUUUUAUAAAUGCUCAGGUAAAGUUAAUGUCAAAACGUUUCCAAACUCAAAUAUUGUCAUUUCAAAACACAAAGUGAUGAAAACAUUACAAAACAUUAAAAUAUAGCCUAAUUAAAAAAAAAUGGACAACUCUCAAAACGACAUUUGUUGGCCGGCCCAGUUGAGGGGGUUAAACAUCUCCAUUUUUCCAUUUACUUCAUAAAACAUCUACCCAAAUAAUAUUACUGUACUACUGGUACUUUCCAGCCACAAAUACAAAACAUGUAUAAUAUAAAUGCUGAAUGCUCGGACAGGCAUGAAAUCAGAUGUGAUGCUUGGCAUCUCUUUCCAAAACAAAACCUCUGUUGCAUAAAACUUGCAAUUCUCUCAUCACAUAAGUAAAAGUUAGGCACUAAAACUCAAACAACAUACAGUAACUGCAAAUCUGCGUACACCAAAUUCACACAGAUUGAGUCUUGACUUUCUGCAACAGGCUUUGGCUGACCUCGCCACAAAAGUAAAUAAAACAAAGAUGAUUUUUAUUUUUUUUAAUAUUUUAGUUUUUAAUAAAAAGAAAAGUAUUUACUAAAUUGAGUAGUAGCAAGCAGAGAUCUAUAUGUUUUUAGUUACAAAAUGCUGUUAAACUGAUUUGAAUUAUAAUAUUACAGUAUGCACCAGCAACCUCUUACAAGAGCUACUCAUUAAUCAUAGCUUAAUAUGAAAAAUACUUCCAUGAGUAUUGACAGCAAUGGGUACCCUAAAAUCUGAAAUAGGCACUAGUAGUCGUAGUGAAAAAAAAAUAUUGUUGAUCAAAAUCUCAUUCUUGAAUGUGUAGAUGCUACUGUUGAAUAUUACCUGCAUGAUCACCAGACACUCAGAUAGGCACGUGAGAAGUUUUACAUUUCGUGUAACCACUGUUGUUGUUUUAGAUUCAGCUACUCUGAACAAAAAGUUCCAAGUAGCACAGGUUGUGAUGAGCCCGUAGUGGAUUUAUCUGGCGCAGGAGCGGGGUUGUAACUGUCUUGUAACCAUUUACCACUUUAAAUGGCAAGCUACUGUAUCAUUUAUUUACUGAUGAGUACUGUGUAUGUUUUUUUAACACCAUGUAUUCAUUUACAGUAUUUAUUAAAUAAGUAUGCACUCUGAUCAGAUCUGCCCCCGUACGCUCCAAAUUGCAUUGUUCCACCUGAUGGUCAUACAUCUGAAAAACUUAGUACAGGUAAUUUUCAAAUUUAAUAUGGAAGCAAAAUGAAUAUUUUUGUUAUAAAAUUAUCUGUUACAUCAUAGGAGGAACCACUUUAAAAAUUUUAGGAAUGUUAUGAGGAGGAAAUUAUUAGGAUUAGUAAUGGUAUAAUGUCUUCUCACAGACAUAAUAACAUAGGAUAAUAACCCAUGCUUGUGUAUUUGUGAAAUUUAUGUAACGAAUUUACACAGUCUUUUGCACUCUACUGAGUGCUUAAUCAAGGUCCGAGUGUGUGAUUAUGACAAGACUUAAAUCUCAACGUCUAAACAGACAUUCGUGUAAAUUCCUUACAUAAAUUUCACAAAUACACAAGUGUGGGUUUUUAUCUUAUAUAUUAUUAUUAAUGUUAAGACCAAGCCUCCUCAUAUUAUGAGACGGCCUGGUUACGAACCAAGCCGUUGGGGUGUUGAGCUCCGAAAUCAACGCAAGGUAUGUUUUCAUGUUAGAAAUGAGUUUUAUUUUUAUGUUUUUUUUAUGAGGUUGAAGCUAGUAAAGCUACGGACACGAGCGGUGCAUUAAUAUUGUAUAUAAUGUAUAGUACAGUAAAUUUUUUACCUCAAGGGCAUUACCAUUGACAUUGAAAUGUUUCAGUGUUUCACAUUUGUGAUUUUCUUUCUGGUAAUUACAAUUAAAUAUUUAUGUGUAAAACUAUUUUUGAAAAUACAGUACAGUACUACGUGUAUAUUGUAUGUUGCAGCUAUUAUUUUAGUAUGAAAAUGUUUUGGAGUGGAGUAGUAAAGAGUUGAGGCUUGGUCUGCUUUUAUAUAUAUAUAUUAUUGACUGGGUUUUAAGCAAUAGCCCUGAUCUUUUAUGUUUACUUCAGCAGUAAACAUGACUUAAUGUUGGUCUCCCAACUAAAUACCAACAUUAGUAUUGCAGGUUCUACAAAUGCAAUAAUUUAGGUGAUUAAAAGGUGCAGAUAACUUACCUGUGUAUUUUUUUAUUUGAAGCUCAUGUGAAUUGCCACAUAUUAAAUGCUCAUAAGGCAAAAUUAUUCAAAUUAUUUUCCAUCUUAUAUUCAUAUUUACCUUUCCAUUAGGCUGGAAUGGAUUCAAGUGUGUCAACACCAUCGUGUGUUGGUGUGGUUAGCUCAGCUGCCCGCCUCACAAGCAAGAAGACAGGGUUUGAGGCCUGGGUAGGCUGGACACAUUUAGCCUCCUUUUUUUUUCACUGCCAAUGAGCACUUAGCAAUAAUUGAGGAGGGGAUUUCAAAAGAUUGGCAAAUUGUUCUAGCAAGACUUUGUGCUCAAUAACCUAAUGAGGUAUAGUACCUGGCUUAAGGCUUAGCCCCAAGUUAACGAAUCAAAUGGAAAUACUAUAAAUUAUUCAGCCCAGUUAAUAGUACAUAACUGUACUGUAUAAUUAAAUGCACAAAUAUAAUGGCAGUUAAUCAUGAUUUUUUUUUUUACACCAACAGUCAUGUAUUAUGCUCUCAACACAUGGUGUAGUCAUUCUCUAAAUGGCGUAAUUUACAAAUUCUCAUUUUCAUUCAUUUGCGCAUCUUCUCAGGUCCUCAUUGCCACAUUACUGUACCUUGAGGAGUUCACACCUGUUUUGAUCAUGUAGUUACUAUGGCCCAUGCGUGUUAGUGUUCUCUGUUGCAUUUUAAGUUUGUGUUGAAAUUUCCUGCGUGCACUUGAGCUUGAUAUACAUAUUGAAUAGGUUUUGAGUUGCAUUUCGUCAGUUACCACUGAAGUCACAUGCUGGAAUGCUGAUAAACUUUGUGUUACAACAUUGCUGGACUACUUAACGAAUUUCAAAGAGAUUGUUGACCUAUAAUUAUUUCUUGUGUGGUGAUUACUUUGUGCAGGACAGAGCUUGGGAUUAAUUGCAGCUUUAUCGUUUAUUAAGCUAACUUUUAUAAUUCACAACUGUGAACUUUACAUAACUGAACUUUGUGUAUUAGAACUUUUGCACUAAGGCUUUAGUCAGUUGCCAAGCUUACUUCAUUGUCAUUAGAGUAAGCUUACUUAUGGAAUAUAUCAUUAUAAAUAUAAUCCUUUUGCAUACGGUGCCUUCCAUACUAUCAGCAUUGUUGUUUUUAACAAAUGUGAUUUACAAUAGUUUGUUUUGUAACUUUCUGGUUGCAGUACUUAACACAAAAUAUUGACUUUAUAAUUUGCAUUUUAAUGAUAGUAAUGCCAGAGAGCUGAAACAUUUACAAAUGAAAGAAGGAAUCACUUUGUUUAGACUAAAUAUGAUUGUUGUUGUUAUUGAAAAUCUCAUCACAAAAAAGAAUACUAUUUUAAUAUUGUAUAUAAAAAUCUUUUAAUAAAAUGCCAAAUUCAAGUG